AUGCAGUCUGAAUCUUUAACUAUUGAUAUUAGAAUUCAAGUAGAAAUAAAUAAUGAUUAUUUUAUGCAAAUUGAAGCUUUAAAUAAUUCUCUUAAUACCCUUAUAACUGAAUAUUCCAAACAAGUAAAGAUCAUUGAAAUUAAAAAUAAUAAAAUUUUUGAAUUAGAAUAUGAAUACGAAUAUCUUAAAAAGCAAAUCACUGAUCUUAAUAUUAGAUUAGAAAGUUUAGAUUUAUAUAAAAAACAAUGGAAUGAACAAUAUAAUACUCAACAAAAAUGA